AGCACGUGACCUGCUGUGUUUACAUCCUGUCAGCUGUUCUUUCCUCCACUUGGACACAGGCGCUCGUCCUCUCUACUCUACUUUCUUCGUUUCAUCUCCCCCCAACACAACAACGGACAACAAGUAUUUGAACCAAAGCUGGAAAAUCCGGAAAAAAAGCCUUAUUUGAGCGCCGCAUUGCACCCAAAAACGAAACAGUGACUUGAUGCGACACGACAUUGUUGUCACUUUCGUCCUGGAGAUGACAGUCUUGUGAGUUGACACCAGAGGCGCUAUUUCAGCCAACAACUCCAAUGCCUCACUGAAGACAUAUCCAACACUUUUAAUUUUCUGGUCCUUUUUUAUUUUUUUGUUUUUUUUUAUUGGUCAUUCGGCAUGGGGGGAGCAGUGAGCGCAGGGGAAGACAACGACGACCUCAUCGAUAACCUGAAAGAAGCGCAGUAUAUUCGCACAGAUAGAGUGGAGCAGGCAUUCCGGGCCAUAGACCGUGGCGACUACUAUCUUGACGGAUAUCGGGACAGCGCCUACAAAGACUUAGCGUGGAAACAUGGCAACAUCCACCUGUCAGCUCCAUGUAUUUACUCUGAAGUGAUGGAGGCCCUCAAGCUGCAGCCGGGACUUUCUUUCCUCAACCUGGGCAGUGGGACGGGCUACCUGAGCACCAUGGUGGGUCUCAUCAUUGGUCCAUUCGGUGUGAACCACGGUGUGGAGCUCCACAAGGAUGUGGUUGAAUACGCCAGAGACAAAUUGGACAGUUUCAUCAAAGAAAGUGAAAGCUUUGAUAAGUUUGAAUUCUGCGAGCCCGUCUUUGUGGUGGGCAAUUGCCUGGAAAUCUCCACAGACAGCCACCAGUACGAUCGCAUUUACUGCGGGGCGGGGGUGCAGAAAGACCAUGAAAAUUACAUGAAAGUGCUGCUCAAAGUCGGCGGAAUUCUGGUGAUGCCUAUAGAGGAUCAGCUGACCCAGAUCACCAGGACAGGACAGUGCACAUGGGAGAGCAAAAACAUCUUGGCCGUGUCCUUUGCCCCCCUGGCCCAGCAGAGCAGAGCUGACGGGGACAAGCCUGACACUGUCCAGUUGCCCCCCGUCACAGUGCGCACCCUGCAGGAUCUUUCUCGCAUCUACAUCCGCCGUACCCUCAGAGACCUGGCCGGAGGCGGCGAGGAGGACCAGGCCAGAGGGGCGGUUCAGCGGGUCCCCCAGAAGCGCAAGCGGCGGCACUGCAGGCGGCGCCGCAUCAACACCUAUGUCUUCGUGGGCAACCAGCUGAUCCCCCAAAUGGUGGAGAGCGAGGAGGAGCACGGCGAGGAGGAGAACAAGGACGCCGAAGAGGAAGACAAGGAGGAGAGAGACGUUGGGGAUAUUGAAAUCCUCAAGCAGACGAACAUGUUUAGAGACCAAAUCAUGGCUCUGCCGCUACCGGAGUCCCUUAAAGAAUAUUUACUCUACUAUAGGAAGAAAUAACCUUUUUCCCUCUCCAGUACAAAUGGAGCAUUAUUUCCAACACGUCUUGAUGCCAAAACUGUACAGGGAAGUGGUGUCACAGAUAACACUGGAUAAUAAUGUUACCAUUGUUCUUUGUACAGGUGGCUUUCUUUUGGUUUUGUACAUAAAAUAUCAGUGCAUAAAGUACACAGAAUGAAGAUUUCAAUAUUUAGUUUUUGGCAAUUUGAUCACGCCAAAAUGUCUGCAGAGGACAAGAUUUGUACAGUGGAACCUCCAAAGUGGAACACACCGUUUAAAGUCGUUCUAAUUUAAAACAAAAAAAUACUUAAUUAACUGUACAGGCAGUGUUAGAUUAACAUUUUACACAAUAAAAAAGAAAAUACAAAAAAAAUGUAAACAACUCGGGAUACAUUCUGUUCUAUGGUUAAAAUGCUAAACUUUCUAGUUCAAACCACAUUUUUCCCAUUAGAAAUUAGUUGUUUACCGACCAAAUGUAUAAAAAAAACUACAAUAAAGUAAAUUACUCACACUCCGAAGAUGCCUGAUGGGGACACAAUAAUUUGUAUAGUACAAAUAGUAAUACUGUCACCUAGUGGUGUUUUAUAGGCACUGCUGGAAUUAUUAAGUGUACUUAUGUUAGUAUCUUCUCGGUAAAAUAUUAGGUGAUAUUUUCUAUGUCCUAUUUGCCGUUCUAUGGUUACAAUUUCCAACAUGCUGCUUCACAUUUUUCUAAUUUCAAAACAUUUUUUGCAUUAAAGAAUAACGUUUUUUCCCCCCACUCAAACAACAUAAUGAGACAAAAUCGAACUAAAACACAGUUAAAGAUGCUUGUUCGAAUGAAUGUAACAUGGACAAUAAAUACAGAGCGAUGCUGUCACCUUGUGUUGUUUUAUAGGCAUUGCUGGAAAAAUGGAGUACGUUAUUUGUUUGGUAUAUCAAAUGUGAUAAUAGUCAGACUCUUUUCUAUGAAUGGCUGAUUCACUUUUUUUCCCUGUUAGAAAAUAAUGUAAAUGUGUUGUUUUUGCCCAGGUAGACGCAAUGUAACGGGACUAAAUCAAACCAAAAUAUAGUAAAACUUCGCAAACUUUUGUGGAUGCCGGAAAGAUUGUAAUAGGGAAUGUGUUUGCAAAGCGUUAUGGUCACCUAGUGGCGUUUUAUAGGGAUUGCUGGAACUAAUAGGGGUAGAUACAGAAUGUAAGCAAUAACCAGACGCUUUCCCAUGUCUUAUUUUUAGUUCUAUGGGGGUUUCAAGCAUGUUGUGUUUUAUAUUAAUGUCCAAAUUGUGCAACUUUUGGGGCGUUCCGACUUUGGUAGGUUCCACUGUACUUGUUAUUGCAGCCAUCUUGCGGAUUUAAUCCUCUUUCACAGAGGAAACAAAAAGCAAAUUCAUAGUUUUAUAAAUAUGGAGGGUGGGGUGGGAGGAACACAUGAUGGGUUUUUCUACCUUCCUUUCCUAAGAGGUCACGACAAAAAUACUUUUUCUACGGCGGGCACCUUUUAACGCAACCUUUUCUACAGAGAGCUGCGUUUUUUGUGAAAUACUUGACGUGGUAUGCGUUGGAGGGAGACAAAUGAUAUCGAUGGAUCCUCUUACAAGAAUGAAACAAGUGUUGAAAAUGCAUGAAAUACUUAUUUUUAAACAAAAAUAUGUAUCAUAAAUCAAUCAAAAGGACUAUUGAGAAGUGAUUAGUUUAAGCUUUGUAUUGAAAGCAAUGCAAAAUGCCUUUUUAAUGUAAAAAAUCCAACAAAGCACCUUAUUGUGUGAACAUUUGUACUGCAGAUCGGACUUGCGUUAUAAUAUCUGCAGAACUUUCCUGUUGUAUUGUCAUAAUUAUUAGUUGUGGCGUUUUUUAAGUGCCAACGUCACAUUUAAGGAUGAUCAUUCCAGCAGUACGCUAUAUCCUACUUUCAAUGCAUUAUUUAGUGUUUGGAUCAAAGCUGAGGUGUACAUUUGUCAGAAAAGCAACAUAUAUGACUAUACAGUAGUGUACACUUUCAUUUUGGGUUUCUUGUACUGUAGCACCUUCUUGCUGUACUGUAACUUCACACUGGCAACUGUGUACACCAAAACUCCACUGCUGUCUGUUGGAUUGAGAACUAUACAUUUAUUGUAGUGUUCUUUUCCUUUACAUAUAAUCUGAUUUGGGGGGAAAGGGGGAUGAUUAGUUUGUGAUGUGACAUUUAAUUUGUGUAUUUUUUUACUUUCAAUCAGAAUGCCUUUAAAGUGAGCAAUAAGGAAAGAUGACAGUUAAAAAAAAAUCCCUCAUUUGAAUUGCGGCCCAAAAAAUUACUACAAAUUGUACAGUAGAACCUUCAAAGUCGAACUGACAAAAUGCUAACAUUGUUAAUUAACUACCUUUUAUAAAGCAAAACUACCAAACCAGAAAGUCAUACUGUCUUGUGGCCUUUUUUAAAUGAUUACAGGUUUGUCAAUAUAUCAGGUUUAAUUGUCAUUCAGCAAUAUACUUUUGUAAGCAGAACUCCAAAAAGGACAAAUAAAAAGCAAAUAUUUGGAAUUAAUCCUUGACUAACCUUUGCAAAUGUACAAGUUGUUUGACUUUGGAGGUUCCUUUGUAUUAGCUACAAUUUAAAAUUAGCCAAUGAGAAGUCACAUGACGGCAGAAACUUUCAGUCUUAGGCCGUACGCCAAUUUCUAGCCGAACGACCCGCGAGCGACGCUGCUUUUAAGAGCCGAAACUAAUUCUGGAACGCUGGAUGAUUCCUGAAGCGUGCAGUUCAUUUAAAACGUGUUGUUUCUCUGUGGAUGUUUGGCACACAAAUAAAGGUCACAAUCGUAAAA